CAUAUGACUGCAAAACAAUUCAACAACUUCCUGUUUGAGCGCAACAGUGAAAGCAAAGACACACGGAUCAAUACAAACACUCUGAAACGAGAUUAGCUGGACACAAUGUGCAUGAUCUCUGGAGGAUGGAGGAUCAGAGAGCGUACGCUAGAGUUGAAGACGAGAGCACUUUAAUAAAGACAGCAUCAAAGCGUGACCAUGAACUCCAGCCGGGCCCUCCGUGUUUCGUCUACACGCUGGCCUUCUUCUCGGCUCUGGGAGGAUUUCUGUUCGGCUAUGACACCGGAGUGGUUUCCGGAGCCAUGCUGCUCCUCAAGAGGGAGAAGAAGCUCAGUUCUGUGUGGCAGGAGCUGCUGGUUUCCAUUACUGUCGGUGCCGCUGCUGUUUCCGCUCUGGCCGGAGGGUUUCUGAACGGACGAUUCGGACGGAGGGUCUGCAUUCUGCUGGCCAGCUUCAUCUUCUGUGCUGGAGGAAUCAUACUAAGCGUCGCACGCAAUAAAGAGGCCCUUCUGUGUGGGAGGCUCACGGUCGGGCUCGGGUUAGGAAUCGCGUCGAUGACGGUGCCCGUCUACAUCGCUGAGGUUUCUCCUCCAGAUCUGCGCGGUCAGCUGGUCACCGUUAACACUCUCUUCAUCACCGGUGGACAGUUCAUCGCCAGUGUUGUGGACGGAGCCUUUAGUUACCUGCCUCAUGACGGCUGGAGGUUUAUGUUGGGUUUGUCGGUGGUCCCUGCCGCUCUUCAGUUUCUAGGAUUCCUCUUCCUCCCUGAAAGUCCUCGUUGGCUCCUGCAGAAGGGAUUUACCCAGAAUGCACUACUGGUGCUCCGUCAGAUCCGCGGCGAUGUGGAUGUGGAGGAAGAGUUCGAGAGCAUCCGCUGCAGCAUCCAGGAGGAGCAGAGAGACGUCGCAGGGGGUCCGGUUUUGUGGCGUAUGCUGGCCUCUCCUCCGGCUCGUCGAGCUCUUAUCGUGGGUUGUGGACUUCAGAUGUUCCAGCAGCUCGCGGGAAUCAACACCGUCAUGUACUACAGCGCCACCAUCCUGCAGAUGUCAGGAGUUCAGGAUGAUCAGAUGGCCAUCUGGCUGGCCGCCGGCACAGCCUUCACCAACUUUCUGUUCACUCUGGUGGGCGUUUGGCUGGUGGAGAGAGUGGGCCGCAGGAGGCUGACUAUGGCUAGUCUACUAGGUACUGCUGUCAGCCUGAUGGUCUUGGCUGCAGGAUUCCUGCUCUCGGCUCAGGCGUCUCCACCUGUGACCUUUCACCCGUCUAACCCCUCCAUCCACAACUCCACCUGCGGAAACUAUGGGUUCUGUGAAUCCUGCAUGUUGGAUCCAGAUUGUGGUUUCUGUUACGGUCUGAACGCUACAGCUGUGGUUCAGUCCUCAUGUGUGCCUGUAGAUCCGGCGAACACAGAGACGGCAGCAUUGGGCAGGUGUUUCAAUGGCACUCAGAAGGCUUCCAGUGUUUUCUGGGCCUACAACUACUGUCCUACACCAUAUUCCUGGGUUGUUCUGCUGGGUCUCAUUCUCUAUCUGGCCUUCUUUGCUCCAGGAAUGGGCCCGAUGCCGUGGACGGUAAACUCUGAGAUUUACCCGCUGUGGGCUCGCAGCACUGGAAACGCCUGCUCCGCUGGGGUCAACUGGAUCUGCAACGUCCUCGUAUCGCUGACAUUCCUCCAUGUGGCCCAGUAUCUGACAUACUACGGAGCGUUUUUCCUGUACGCUGCUCUGGCUCUGCUGGGCUUCGUGUUCGUGUCGGGGUGUCUGCCGGAGACCAAGGGUUUGCGCUUGGAGGAGAUCGAGUCUCUGUUCAGCAGGCGACUCUGCAGCUGCGGAGCCCACACAGAUCAGUACAUGCGGCGUCUGGAGUUUGGAGCGUUGCAUUACGCCACUUCGGAGCCAGAGGGCAGAAUUUCCUACAUAUCAGUGAGUACCAGCCAAAAAAAAACAAAGAGUUUGAUUUUAAUAAGUGUUUUAUUUCACUCUAGAAAGAACAUCGAACACAACAUUUUUGUAUUACCUUUGCAUUUUGAAUUUACUGAAGAAGUCGAUUGAAAUAUUUGAGUGAUUGGAGGCACAUCUGCCUGUUGAGCAGAAAAUCAUUUUGAAAAUGCAGUGAAUGGGUCACAGAACUAUAGACACUUUGCUUUCUCUCAUCAAGUUAAAGUUAAAUACAACUUUUUGUUUCACAGCUUUUUACAAUUACGGAUUUGAUUUUGCUAUUCUGGUGUAAAAUAAAACUUCAAGAAAGCCUGAAAAUAUCAUUUUGAGAAAUAAUAUUUGAGAUUUUAAGCUGAAAAAGUUGCAAAAAUAAAGAUUAUUACAACUUUUAUUACAUUUUGAAUUCUGUACGUAAUUCUGAUGUAAAACCGUCUGCAAGAAAGCCUAAAAACACAAUUUUAAGAUGAUAAUAUUUGAGAUAUUGAGCCAAAAAUGUUGCAAAAAAUAAAAUAAAGAUAACUCUACCUUUUUAUUUCACAAAUAUUCACGAUUACAGAUUUUAUGUUGCAAUUUUGAUGUGAAACAAUCUUCAAGAAAGCCUAAAAGCAUCAUUUUGAGAAAUAAUUUUAAGGUAUUAAGCUGAAAAAAUUAGCAAAAAUAAAAUUAAGAUAAACAUUUUAUUUCCUUUUUUUUCAAUUAUGUAUUUUAAGUUUCAGCUCUGAUGUGAAAUAAAACCUUAAGGAAGCCUAAACAUAAUUUUAAGAAUUGAGAUUUUAAGCUGAUAAAUAAAUUUGCAAACAUAAAAUAAAGGUAAAUAAAACAUUUUAUUUCACAAAUUUUCACAAUUACAUUUUUUAUCUUGUAAUUCUGAUGUUCAAUAGUCUGCAAGAAAGCCUAAAAACACAAUUUUAAGGAAUCAUAUUUAGGAUAUUAAUCCAAAAGUAGCUACAAAAAUAAAUAAAUAAAUACAACUUAUUUCAGCAUUUUGGAUUUUAUCUUGUAAUUCUGAUGCCUAAAGCCUAAAAACAUCAAUUUUCAGACAUACUAUUUGAGAUAUUAGGCUGAAAAACUUUGCAAAAAUUGUUUCAAGAUAGAUCCUGUGUUUUAUUUUACAAAUUGUCACAAUUAUAGAUUUGAUCUUGUAAUUCUGAUGUAAGAUAUAACUUCAAGAACGCCUAAAAACACAGUUUUGAGAAAGAAUAUUUAAGAUAUUAAGCUAAAAAUAGUUGCACAAAUAAAUUCAAGAGAACUCCAACUUUUUAUUUGAUCAUUUUUCUCAAUUACAGAUUUUAUCUUGUAAUUCUGAUGUAAAACAAAACUUUCAGAAAAGCCCAAAGAAAUUAUUUUAAGAAAUAAUAUUUAAGAUAUUAAGCAAAAAAAAAAAAAAAAGCUAAAUGGGAAUUUUUAUUUCACAAUUUUAUCUUGUAGUUUGCAAGAAAGGAUGAAAACAUACUUUUGAGAAAUAAUAUUUGAGAUAAUAAAGAUAAAUCCAGCUUUUUAUUUCACAAAUAUUCACAAUUACAGAUUUUAUGUUGUAAUUCUGAUGUAAAACAGUCUGCAAGAGAGCCUAAAAACUGUUUUGAGAAAUAAUAUUUGAGAUAUUGAGCCAAAACAGUCACAGAAACAUGAAUAAAAGAUAUGGUCCAACUAUUGUGAAGAGCAUAAACAUAAACAUAUGAGUUCAGAAUUGUGAAAAAGUCCAUAAACUGAGGCCUAUAAUAAUAUAAAUAACUUCAGAAUUACAAAAUAAUAGUAAAAAUGCAAACAAUUAAUCCAGAAAAGCUAUAAACUGUAAUUAAAUAAUCAGAAUAUAAAGAAAAAUCCAGAAUUUAUAUUUAAUUAAAAAAAUAAAGCCACCAUGUAUAAAUUUAAAUAUUAAAAAUAAAGCAAAUUUGCAGAAUUAAAUAAACCGCACUGAUCUGGAGUCAGUGUGUUAAUGGACCGUGUGUUUUGAUGUGUUUCAGUUGCAGUAAUGCUGACUCUGUACGUGGAUUGGAAGAUUCAUUGUUUGGAAAUGAUCGAACUCUUACUGUACCGAUUAAACAUGUACGUUUGUUUGCUGGAUUUGUAGAUUUGUGAGAUCAAUAAAUGUUUCUGACUCUCUGA